UUAUUGUAACUUAUAUUUAAAUUGUUUCAGUUAUGCGUAUUAGUUAUGAUAAAUAACUUUCUUUCCAGGUGGCUUAUGUCAGGUGAUCGAUAACAAAAACGGUGCAGACGAGAUCAUGGACAAAAACGAACAAGAUGAAUCGGCUCCUUUGUUACAAAAUGAACAUACCCAUUCUGCAUCUUCUUACAGUGGGGAUGUACAAGAGUCAGGUGCAACUCAAGUUACAAUCUCACCAAUUGGACCAGAUGAGCUGCCUCCACCCUACACUCCUUCUCCCGAAAGUGGGGUGCCCAUGGUGACCUGCAGAGUCUGCAAAUCCAUGAUUGACAUAACUGGGAAAAAAGAACAACAUGUAGUCAAGUGUAACAACUGCAAUGAGGCUACACCAAUUAAGAAUGCUCCACCAGGAAAGAAGUAUGUGCGGUGUCCUUGUAACUGUUUGUUGAUAUGUAAAGCUACUUCUCAGAGAAUUGCGUGCCCUCGACAAAAUUGUAAAAAGAUUAUCAAUCUGGCUCAGAGUCCUGUCACCCCACCUUCAUCUCAUGUUCCUGGAAUGUGUCGGAUAGCAUGUGGACAUUGCCAGAGGAUUUUUUUGUUCAACACCCUCAACAAUGCAUUGGCACGUUGUCCUCAUUGCAGAAAAGUUUCAACUGCUGGUUCAGAAUUUGCUCGUAGACGAGGCUUUAUAUGUCUAUUAUUAGCGAUGAUGUUUUUGACUAUAUCAUUGGGAGUAACGAUUGGGACUUACAAGGCAGCUCAGAAGUCUGGUGGAAUGUAUGUUUUGUAUAUUGGUUGUUUUCUGGUUUUUGCUAUAUUCUUUAUUCGUUCAAUUUACUAUUUCACCAUGAGAGUAAGCACAGUUGAAGGUACUGCCUAACUAAGGGUGAGACACCAUGCUUGUGAUACUACUAUGAGAAGUGCUGUUUCACCAUUACUGAACAGCUAUUUCAUUGCUAUGAUUUCUCCUUUUUUUGGAAUAACUACAAGAUACAGAUGUUUGGGGAUUUUUAUUAAAGAGACAUAUUUUUUCCAGAUGGUGUGAACACAAUAAUUAUUCAAAGUGUUUAACCAUCUCUUUCAAAUAAAGUUGUAUAUUAAACAAAUAUAUCUCAAAUUCUUGCAUUUCUUAUUAACCUGAGAACUUUGUAUUUCUGUAAAACUUAUACAGUCAUGUUUAAAAAUUGUUUGUUUUUUUUCCAUUGUAAAUAUUGCUUUAUGUAGAUUUUUUAUUUAAUAGUUUUACAUGCCUAGUUUUGAUAUUUAAAAUGUGUUCUUAUUUUUUAUUAAUAGAAUACUUAUAAUUAGCUUACUUGGACUUAUUUUUUGCUUGCUUUAGAUAUUUACUUUGGCUGUUUUUGCUGUGUGAUUGAAAUUAUAGGCCAUUAGUACAGCUAAGGAAAUGUUUAUAGUUGUUAAGUUCCUGACGUGGUCAAGUUGUAAAAAAAAAUAUUUAUUUGGUUUCAUGUAAAUAUAAAAAAACAAAUUUAUGACAUUGGAACCUUAAUGAAAUGUUUAUCAUGGCACAAGUUUGGAAAAAUUUCAGUCAAUAAGCAUGUAAAGUUUGUAAAGGAUAUUCAGUGGUAAAGCAUGCAUAAUAGUUCACUUGCUAAGCAUCAUAAAAUAUCAUAAGUAAGUUUCAAUAAAUAGAAGCACAGCUAACCAAAACUAUAUAUAUAUACAUACAUAAAUUUUUACCUGUUACGGUGCUUGAUUCUAUAAAACGUAAUAAUAGAUUUAUUGGGUAAUGUCUUUAUAGCCUAAGCAUCUUUAUGGUUUUGCAGUUUUUCUCUGUUUUACUGAAGAGAAGUGUAACACAUAUGUUGCUUUAAUAUUUACUUAUAAUGGAAUUAUUACUAAAUAAAUGCUGGUUAUUGGUGUCAUUCACUGAAGUAAAACUAAAUGCCAUUAACUGUCACUUUUAGAAUUGUAAGAUUCACCUAGUGAAAGUUUGUUUUAUUUUCAUCCAUUAUAUCGUAUAAAAUUUGACAAACUCUAAGAAAACCUACAUUUUAUUUCUCAGUUGCAUGUUUGCUAAAAUUUCAAACCAUAAAAAUAAAAUGCAUUGGUAUGUUACAAUGUGGAAAUAAAAUAUUUGGUUUGCAUAGAUUUGUUAACAAUGAUAGCUUUUUUUUUUUUCAUAAUAGGUAUCACUUUUACCUCUUGAAUUUUAUUGUUCUUAUUCGUAGAACAUUUUUAAUUGUAAUAAAUAUUUUUCAAACAUUUUGUGAUUUAGCAAGUUUCUGAAAUUAUACUUUGAACUCACUGUCAAGGUGAUCAUCAUAAUUUCUAUUUUUUUGCCAACAUUUUUUAACUGCAUUAUGCAUAAAUUAAAGAAUCAAAAUGCACUUAUUAGCUAUCAUCGUUCUUUUUAAAGGAAACAAUGAAAAGGAACAAAAAAAUGCAUUAUAAGUUUUGAAGUAUAGGUUUUUAGUUGUAAAUUUGUCAUAGAAAAAUACCUUUUUUUUUGUCAGAAGCUAGUGUGUUUUCACAUUUAAACUAGGUAAUGUAAGUUUUUGUAUUAAAAUUACCAAUGUUACUAUUGUUUCUGAAGUUACAAUGUGUUGGGUUUUAGAAGUAUUUACACAUUGAUAUUUUUUGUAUGGAUUCUUCCUCUGUUCAUGUAUUGUUAUGUUUAAUACAUGAAAGAUUCAGCAUGGAUCUUUAAACUUCAUUAUCAAAGCAAAAUAAAAGUGAAGAAGAUUUUAUAAAAGAAUUGUAUAUAGAUUUCAAAUGUGUAAUUAUCAAAUGUUUAGUCAUUACUAAUAUAGUCUUUAUCAGAGAACUCCCAGAUUUUAACACAGCUUAAUGGCAUACCCAUUAAAUAACAUUGGUCAAUGUCAUUCCUAGUUAACAAAACAAGACUAAUGAUUGAAAUGUUUUCCCAUUAUAUGUUAGGGGAAAAGAAAUACAAUAUAGAAAUUCAGUGACUGAAUAUUUUUCUAAUGGCUUGUACUCAAAUAUUUCAUUCAAUGUUUAGGAGCUGAGUAAGGUUAUCUUGUUCAUUGUUUGAAUACUGCAAAAAUAACUUACCAGUGAUGUUGUCAGUGUGAUAAAGUAAUUAAUGAACUGAUUAGCAAAAUUACUAGAAUGGGUGUUAUAAAAAUUCCUCUUGUAAUAAAAUUAAAGUCAGUCACAUGCACUAACAAAUGCUGUUUCUUCAGUGAACAGUAUGAGCCCUUUUUGUGGAUGGUAGCUUGCUUUAUUUAACUUAUUAAAAUCUAUUUCAUGCAAUAAAGCAUUAACUGUUUAUUUGUAUUUAAUGAAUGUUCUUAUUACAAAUUAAAUAACUUUUUUUUUAAAGAACCAAAAUUUCAGAUUUAUUUUAUUUAUAAUGCAGAUACAUUAAUUUACCACUUCACCUAUUUCUACUCCAUAUGUUCACAGGGGCAUUGUUGAAAUACAUUUCUACAGAAAUUUGUGAUUCAUUCAUUUAAACUUUUAUUUGUAGAGACUGGGUGUUAUAGAGUAAUGUGUCAAAGGCUUCAGCAUGGGCUUUAGAAGCCCACAAAAGUGAAAACAUUUUGUGUACCCUUUACAUUUUGUAAAAAAAAAUAAUUCUUUUACUUGAAUAAAACAUACAUAGAAAAUCU